UGUAGUUGACAUCCCAUCAGCUUUGACUCCAACCGUGAAUAGUGAAUACAGUUCAUUUCCAGCGUACUUAGCUAUCUUUCUCGCUUACGCUUACACCUGUCUUCUUUUUCACCCUUUUCUUGCUAACUAAAAUUCAUCUGCCAUGGUCGAGGAAUCUCCGGUCGCCAGCCGCAUGUCCAUGGAGCUCAAGUUCUCCGAGUUCCACCGCCCUCCGCAGCCGCCGCAAUACGACCGCCGUGGCUCCCCGUCGUCGACUCCCUCCUACGACUGCGAGGUCCUCCGAUGCACCUCCAACCCCUCCUUCGAGAGGACCCUCUCCAUGCAGAGGAAAUCCGCUUUGUUGAAGCCCAAAACCCGCUCCAGGCUCAUGGACCCGCCCGAAGAUCAACCCGAUAAAAAGUCGGGUCGGGUUUUAAGAUCGGCUCAGCUUCUCUCUGGGAUUUUGGGGAAGAAGGGUGACGACGACGACGACGAUCCCUUUCUCGAAGAGGAUCUUCCUGAUGAGUUUAAGAAGACUCAUUUUAGCGUUUGGACUCUUCUUGAGUGGUUGAGUUUGGUUUUGAUCAUUGGUUUGUUGGUCACCACUCUGUGUGUCCGCUUUCUCAGGACCAAGAACCUGUGGCAGCUUAGGUUGUGGAAAUGGGAGGUUAUGGUUCUUGUUCUUAUCUGUGGCAGGUUGGUCUCUGAUUGGGUUAUCAGGGUUGCUGUGUUCUGCUUUGAGAGGAAUUUCCUUCUGAGGAAGAGGGUCUUGUAUUUUGUCUACGGUGUGAGGAAGGCUGUUCAGAAUUGUGUCUGGUUGGGGCUUGUGUUGAUUGCGUGGCAUUUGUUGUUUGACAAGAGGGUGCAGAGGGAGACGCACAGUGAUUUCCUCGAGUAUGUGACUAAGGUGUUGGUGUGUUUCCUUGUGGGGACUUUGGUGUGGUUGUUGAAGACUCUUGUGGUGAAGGUGUUGGCCUCUUCUUUCCAUGUGAGCACGUAUUUUGAUCGGAUUCAGGAGUCAUUGUUUAAUCAGUUUGUGAUCGAGACGCUUUCGGGGCCUCCGUUGGUGGAGAUUCAGAGGGCCGAGGAGGAGGAGGAGAGGCUGGCUGAUGAGGUUCAGAAGCUGCAGAAUGCUGGGGUUACCAUACCCCCUGACCUUAGGGCCAAUGCUUUUACCAAUAUUAAGAGUGAAAGGUUGAGGAGCGGAGCGCUGCAGAAGAGCCCCAGAGUUAAGAGUGGCAAGCUUUCGCGGCCUCUUUCCAAGAAAUCGGAUGAUGGGAAUGUGAUCACUAUUGAUGACCUGCAUAAGCUGAAUCCCAAUAAUGUGUCUGCCUGGAAUAUGAAAAGGUUGAUUAAUAUGGUCCGCCAUGGGACUCUUUCUACAUUGGAUGAACAGAUACUCGAUAAUGCCAAUGAGGAUGAAAAUGCCACUCAGAUUCGAAGUGAAAUCGAGGCCAAAGCUGCAGCUAAGAAAAUAUUUCAGAAUGUUGCUAGGCGUGGAUGCAGGUAUAUAUACCCUGAUGACUUGAUGCGGUUUAUGCGCGAGGAUGAAGCUGCGAAAACCAUGACUCUCUUUGAAGGAGCAACCGAUGCUGGGAGAAUCAGCAAAUCAGCCUUGAAGAACUGGGUGGUCAAUGCCUUCAGGGAAAGGAGAGCACUUGCUUUGACAUUGAAUGACACCAAGACGGCAGUGAACAAACUUCAUCGAAUGCUCAAUUUUAUAGUUGCAAUUGUGAUACUGGUUAUUUGGCUCUUGAUAUUGGAAGUUGCCACCACCAAAUUUCUUCUAUUUGUGAGCUCACAGAUUGUCGUGGUUGCAUUUGUAUUUGGAAACACCUGCAAGACCAUAUUUGAAUCAAUUAUUUUCUUAUUUGUCAUGCAUCCAUUUGAUGUGGGAGAUAGAUGUGAAAUUGAUGGGGUUCAGAUGGUGGUAGAAGAAAUGAACAUACUGACAACCAUAUUUCUGCGAUAUGAUAAUCAAAAGAUAAUCAUCCCUAAUACUGUCCUUGCUACCAAGGCCAUAUAUAACUUUUACAGGAGUCCUGACAUGGGUGAUGCUAUCGAAUUCUAUAUACAUAUAUCUACCCCAUUCGAAAAGAUUACAGCUAUGAAACACAGAAUACAGAGUUUCAUGGAUAGCAAGAAGGAGCACUGGUAUCCUUCACCUUUAAUAGUAAUCAGGGAUUUUGAUCAAUUAAACAUGAUCAAAAUAGCUAUCUGGCCAACUCAUAAAAUGAACUUCCAAGACAUGGGAGAAAGGUUUGUGAGGAGAUCCCUUGUGCUGGAAGAGAUGAUCAAGAUUUUCAGAGAGCUCGACAUGAAUUACCGUCUCCUGCCUCUGGACAUUAACGUGAGAGGCGUGCCUACCACUUCUGAUCGGCUUCCACCUAGUUGGACAACAGUUUCGAAUUGAGCAUACAAGAAUAUCUUCUGAUCAUGCUAGGAAGUGCUAUAUUUUAGCUGAAUAUAAUAUUGUAAAGAAUCAGUCCUUUGUUUUAGAUUAGUUUGAUAUGUACUAAUGUUAGUCUGUACUGUAGCUAUAAAGCCAUGCCUAGGCACGUGCGUUUCUCAUUUAGUUUGUUGAAAUCGUUAGCACUAAUCGCUACCUCUUUUAUACAAUUAUAUAUGACCGUAUUCAGUCGAAAAUUUAUAUGUCUACCUUGUCCCAGCAGCAUAAGGGAGAUAGUUAAUUUCUAUU